AUUUUAUUUGGAUUCCAACUCCUUUGAAUGAUAUAAUAUAAAGGAAAAUUGAUUUUGUUGAGCGUCGAGAUGCUGCUUACGCUUUACCGCCCCCAUCUUAUCAGCCUCUCCACAUGAUGCCAUCUCCAACUGCAACUCCACCUCAACCAACACUCCUCCAUACCUUUCCAACAACACCCCAAUCCACCAAUUGACUUCAUCCAAUCCCACAAAAUGGAUCCCGACGACAGCGUCGCGGAUAAGCCCCCAAUCUUCAACUACGUCCUCUCCUUCCUCCUCGUCGGCGUCGCAUGGGGCUUCACGACCCCCUUUAUCCGUCGCGCCGCGGCCGACUUUAACGCACGACAAGAAGAACAUCAGCAGCGAGAACAACACGAGCAAGGACAACAACCCCUAGCGACCGAACCCGAAGGCGAAGAGCAGGAAUUACAACCGCAGCAUCACGACGACAGCGACAAGGACAGUAACACGGAAGAUGAAGUCGACCAACCACUCUCCGGGGCAAACCAGUCUACAACACCAACACCAGCAUGGAUGAAACAAACCCCACAAUCAUCCUGGCUAAAGACAAAAGCCAUCACGAUAUUCUGGACGGUCGUGAACCUCCUCCGCACGCCCGCGUAUUCAAUUCCCCUGAUCAUCAAUCUGACGGGGAGUAUUUGGUUUUUCCUGCUGGUUGGGAAGCACGAACUCUCCCUUACAGUCCCCCUCGCCAAUUCAAGUGCGUUCCUUUUCACCGUCUUGGGGGAGUGGUAUGUCGAGAAAAAGGUCAUCGCGAAGGAGACAUGGCUUGGGUUGAUGCUCGUAUUGGGGGGGAUAGGAUUAUGUGUGCAUUCAAAGAACCAGACUGGAUAGUCUUCUCAAAUAGUAGGUAGUUAUAAUAUGUCAUUUAUCAAUCAAUUGGAUAAAAAUGAAUGCAAUCGAUGUAGAAUAGCUAGGGAUAAAAAGAAAAUCAAAAAAGAAUGCAUCAUCCGUGAAUCGAACACGGGCCUCAUCGAUGGCAACGAUGAAUUCUACCACUAGACCAAUGAUGCUGCAGUUG